AUGACCAGCCCCCGCAUCCCGACGCUGCUGUUGCUUCUUUGCGUCCUCUCUCCCCUCCUUCCCUCCGCGCAUGCCGCGGGCAGGCGCUUCCGCAACAUCGCCACAGACAAAAGCCGCGGCCUCAAGUACAGCCGCACACCGUCGCGCACGCGCCCGGCAUGGUUCCGCUUGCUCAAGUCUUCGCUCACCGAACCGCUGCAGGCCCAGCUCACGCCCUCGUUCCCGUGGGAUGUGCACGGCCAGCCUGGCGUUGCUGUCGGCGAUUUUGAUGGUGAUGGCCUAGAUGAUAUUUACGUCACCAACGGGCCAGGCUCGCACAACUCCUUGUUUAUUAACCAGCUGAAGCGAACGGGGAAGCUCUCUUUUCGCGAUGUCGCGAACAGUGUCGGAGUUGGUGCGCGUACCACAGAUGCGACUGGUGUGUGCUACGGCGACCUGAACGGCGAUGGGAAGAACGAUAUUGUUGUUGUGUCUGAGUUUGACCGCAACAUCAUAUUCCUCAGCACCAACACCACGGUCUUCCGCCGUCUGGACUGGGUCCGCGCCACCGGAGACCGCACGAAGAAGCCGUCCUCCGGGUGCGCCAUCGGUGACGUCAACAACGACGGCCGCCUAGAUAUCCUCGUGUCCAACGGCGUCCCGCGGAAGACCGCCGAGGGCUGCCUUGUCGUCGCCUUCGCCAUGUCCAGCCCUAAUCAGCUCUUCCUCAAUAUGGGGCCGAGAGGCGCCGUGCCGCUUAAGUUUAAGGACGUGUCGCUCACGUCCGGCAUCAACAACUUCGCCACGCCCGACAUUCCACGUGGCAAGUACACCAUGUCGUGGGCAGCGGCCCUCGUCGACAUCAACCUCGACGGGCACCUAGACGUUGUGCUCGCCGACGACCAGUGCGGACUGGCAACCAAGCAGACCGACCCUGCGAACGGCGCCAACCGCGGCUGGAUCCACGUACAGUACGGCGAUGGCACGGGCAAUUUCCGCCCGACAGUACUGUCGCCAAAGAACCCAGCCGCGAACAACCGCGUCGCUGGUGACGACUCGUGGAUGGCGCUCGGCUUCGGUGACUUCAAUUGCGACGGGAAGGUCGACAUCUUCGGCUCCAACGCCGGCGACUACCAUGCCGCCAUGUUCAACCUGUUCAUGGGACGUACGCCGUCCGGCCUCAUCGGGCAGUACUCAUCGCGAUGGUGGCUGGGGACGGGGGAUAACAAGUUUGAGGACGCCUCAAUUGAGGAGACGGGCGCGACUGUGUUCGGAUGGGGUAACGCCGUGUGCGAUUACGAUAACGACGGCGAUCAGGACAUUUUCAUGGUCGGAGGGCUCGACUUUCCCGCGUUUGGCGGCAGCGAUAACCCCAACGUCAUUUACAAGAACGAGGGGUGCACCGGGAAGUUUUCGUACGACACGACGUCGUGGGGCGGGAGCGGUCGGUACCGCAACUACCGGGGGCUGGCCAUCGGCGAUUUUAACAUGGACGGAUACCCGGACAUCGUUGGAGCGUCUGGGUUUGUGGCCAAGGCGCGAUCGCUGACAAGGAUUAUCAACUACUCGUCAGAAUUUGACCAGACGGCCUACUUCACGCAGAUUCUGCAGCGCAAUGAGGAGGCCAAGUGGGUGUGGACGGGCAACUCGCUACUGAAAGGUGACUUGAUGGUGGAUAUAAACCGGGCGACGGAUCGCAGCAAGUGCUGGGUGUCGGUUCAGGCGAUGGGGACACGCGGGAUCUUGGAGGGCGGUAAGGUGAAUCGCGGGGGGCUGGGGAGCACGCUGUUCGUGACUGGGAAGGGGAUGAAAACGGUGACGACGCCGAUCGCCAGCGGAGAGAGUUUUGGUUCGCAGCACAGCCCGCGGCGAAACUUUGGGCUCGGGGCAGCAUGCAAAGGGGACGUCGAGAUCCUGUGGGCCGGUGGAGGACGGAUGAGAUUGUACGGCGUGCAGAAUCGCGAGCGACUGACGAUACCGGAGGUGCCUUGUGAUUUUGCAGGAACUUGGGAGACGGAGGAGGCGUAUGAGGAGUGCGUCGACAGCAGCGUGCGGGCGCUGGUAGGAGCAGGAGUGCUCAAGCGACGGAUGGCGAAAAGGAUAGCAGAGAGCGGGCUGAGGGCGAGGAAGGAAUUCUUGGCACGGAGGUAG